CCUACAUCACCCCCCCCCCCUCCCCCCACCCUCUUCUAUGUGCCCUCUCUCUUUCUCUAUCUAAGUUAUAAAGCAAUGGAAAUGGUCAGCAGAGCAUUGUUCUUUCUAUUACUUCUUGGUUCUGUAAGAGGCCUCAGACCUUAUCAUUAUUCCUACCAUAGCAAAGGCACUAACAAGAGUGGACAAAACCAUGUGGACUACAAGGAAGAGGAGAUAGGGAUGGAGUUAUACCCGACGGGGUCAAGCCUGCCGGACUGUUCCCAUGCUUGCGGCGCCUGCAUGCCCUGCCGGAGGGUUAUGGUCAGCUUCAAUAAAUGCUCGGUGGAGUCAUGCCCCAUCAUCUACCGCUGCAUGUGCAAAGGAAAAUAUUACCACGUUCCAUCGAAUUGAAAUGCACCAUUGCAUCGAUAUUGUUGUUCUGUUCUUUUCCAGGAUUUAAAGUUUAGAACUUUUAGAAUUAUUAAGUGUAAUGUAGAGGAAAGCAGUACCUGUAGAUCAGCAGCUACAGAGAUGUAAAUACCGGAGUAACCCCCAGUUUUGGUUUCGAUUCCUUUUCUCCAUUGUCUAAUGUACUUUGGCUAAUAGUUUGACGUGCUUUCUUGCUCAACGUUAACCUGUGUCGCAGUUUUAUCCUCACUAAACAUUACUAAUCCCGA